AGUUUUAUACAUCGAAACUUGAAGCCUUCGAACAUUCUACUAGGAGAUGAUAUGAGGGCUAAGGUCGCAGACUUCGGUCUUGUGCGUCUUGCCCCUGAGGGGAAGGGCUCCAUUGAAACUAGAAUUGCUGGAACCUUCGGAUACUUGGCACCAGAAUAUGCAGUUACCGGACGAGUUACCACUAAAGUUGAUGUGUUUAGCUUUGGGGUGAUACUGAUGGAGCUGAUCACUGGUAGAAGAGCACUUGAUGAGAGCCAACCCGAGGAAAGCGUGCACCUUGGUUCAAGAGAGUGCACAUCAACAAGGACUCAUUCCGCAAAGCCAUCGACCCCACAAUCGACCUCAAUGAGGAAACGCUCGCCAGUAUCAGCACUGUUGCUGAAUUGGCUGGUCAUUGCUGAGCAAGGGAACCUUAUCAAAGGCCCGAUAUGGCUCAUGCUGUAAAUGUGUAGAU